ACACAGUAUCAGUAUCACUAUCGCAUAUUCAUAUUUCAGUAUUAAUAUUAAUUAAUCAUUUUAGUUUAAAGUUUACUUCAAACUGGCAGUACAUCUUAGUCUUAGUUAUCAUGAGUUUAAAACUAGUGUCAUGUCGUUAUAUUAAGUUAUAGGCAACUGUAAGUUACUCACCACACACACACACAGACUCGGACAGGUGAUAAUAAAUAAUAAUAACAAUAAUUGAUCAUUGAUAGUGAUUCUAAGCGAUAGUCACAGUCACAGUAUGAAAAAAAGUUUAAUGGUGUGUACCAAAGGGUGACUAAUAAUGAGCCCUUUAUUAUUAUUUUAUAUAAAUUAUAAAAAUAAAAUGAAUUUUAGGCUGAAAAGUCAGUGCCCGAAAAGUCUGAACUCUUAACUUUUCAUUAAAUUCAGAAAUAAUAAAGAACAAGAAAAAUAUACCAUAAUAAAACCAUGGCAGAUGACGAUGUAAAAGAAAAAGUGAAAGAAAUUUCCCCAGCCUGGGAACCUGCUGCUAUAAUCUCAGACAAGCUAAACUUGCGAAGAAGGAGUGUUAAUAAUGUCAUUAAACUGCUAGAUGAUGGUGCGACAAUUCCUUUCAUUGCGAGAUACCGUAAAGAACUUACAGAGGACAUGGGUCCUGAUUUGUUACGAGAUGUUGCAAAUAAUCUGGAGGAAUUAAGGUGAUUUUUGUUGUUUUGUCAAUUAUCUAGCAUAAGGAUAGGCCUAGAUGUAUGUCGUUUUAUCUUUAUGACACUGUUAAGUUUAGCCCAUAUAUUUUUAUUGCACUAUUAAGAUUUUUAUGAACAAAAAUGUUGUUACUUAUUGAUGUGGUGCUACUGAAAAACAUGCCCUUUUAUUUUAAUAUGUGAUAAUUAUUUUUAGCAUAGUAUAAUCAAUAUUAGUAUUAGAAUUUUAAAAAAUUGCACUACUUAUAGAAAAAAUUAAUUAUAUUAAAUUAAUUUAUGAAUUAAAUCACUCAUAAACUUAACUGAUCUUAUUUAUAUAUGCUAUGAAAAUUUCCUAAAAUAAGUGAUUUAUAUCCACUAAGUAUGGUACUUUGACGGUUAUUUCAGUCGAGAUAACAACAGGUUUGCAACAUCUUUUGCUCAGGUAGCUGUUUAAAUACUUAGAGUGACAUCAUAGGUAUGAGAAUGACACACAAAGUUGUAUUCUUGAAAUUAAUACAUAUUCAAUUUUCCUGUGGUGAAUUUCUAAUUCUUUUUAUAUCAGAACUGUUGAGGCAAAAAUCGGGAAUGUAUAUAAUGCUAUCAAAAAGAUGGGAAAGAUGAACAACAUACUCGAAACAUCUCUAAAGUUUUCAACAUCCAUUCUGGAAGUUGAAUCUUUGGUAUGAUUCUAUUACUUUACUUUAUCAUUACUUUUCUAUAUUGAUGGAUUAUGUUUCUUGAUAAAUGUAACCUAGUACUUUUCUUAAUGAAUUAAUUUAAUUGAGUAUGUUAUUGCCUUUUAUUGUUUAUUAUUAUGUUUAUUAUUAUGCAGUCAUUUAAAAAAAAACAAAAGAAGUGUGAUAUGAUGCAUUUCCUUGCAUUUUUCAUGCUCAUUCAAAGAAUUUGUUUUUUUUAAUUGCCAGCUUUAGGUUUUCAAAUGUCUUAAUUAAUUAAAUUAAGUUUACUUAAUAUUUAACCAAAGUGUUGAGCAUUGAAACGAAAAAAAAAUUAUCUGAUUCACAGUAUGCGCCUUUCAAACCUGGACACAAAGGAACAUAUGCAGAAAGAGCUAAAGCAUUGGGUCUUGAACCUCUAGCCCAGAAAAUCUUAGAUGGGAAAGCUGUGAACUUAAACUCUGCUGUGGAUACAUCUAAAGCAGGUUUGUGUCGCGAAUUAACCAAUGGUGAAUUCCUUGGUAACUGCCAUAAUUUUCAGAUUAAUCAUUUUGAUUCCCAUCCAGUAUAAAUAAAAAAUGCCAUUAAGUGUGCUUAAUUUAACUAUACACAGCUUUUGAUGUUAAUUGGGUAGACUGUAAAACAAUACCAUUUAAAAAAACAUACUAAGCAUAAUAGUUAAAAUAAUAAAUUUUGAAAUGUAACUGAUGCAUCUUUUUUCUGUUUUUCUCUGCAAUCUACUUUAAUUAAAAUAUAUUUUUUUCAAAAUAAUUUUCUCAGUGUUUACUUUUCUAAGGAAAACCUUUAAAAACUACUUAGGACAGGUUGAUAGCACAUUUACAAAAAGAUACUGGCAAAAAAAUGUAACUUAUGUAAUGUGUCUUAAAUGCAAGCAAUUAAAAAUAGAACAACAUCAGUUCAUUUGCAGAAUUACAAAUACUUAAGUGAAGCAGUUAAAUAAACAUAUCAAACAGCGUAUUAAUGCUUGUCCAUAACCUGACAUUGACCAUGAUAAUGAAAAUUGUCUAUCUACAUUUAUUGAAUGUAAACACAAUAAAAUUCAACAAAAUUUCUAUCAAAAUGUGGGGACUCAUUCAAGAUGGGUAGCAGGCCAUGUGUCACCUAAAACAAAGAUACUAAAAAUGACUCUAUACCAAGAUGCAUGAAAUAAAUUUAUAUAGCACCAAAUUUUAUGCAAUUUAAUUUUUGGGUGCUGUGUCCACUUUUACAUGAACAACACCCAAUAUUGUCAGUUAAUAUUUAGGAAUGGUUGCAUUAAUAUUUUUGAUCCCUUCAAAUCUAUCAUUUAUUGUAGAAAGGGAAAAUGGAGGGAAAAGAUAAUUGAUUGUAAAAAAAAUUUUUUAUUUAUAAACUUUUUUUUUUGUUCAAGGUCUUGAAAGUGUCAAAGAUGUUGAGAAAGGAGUGAAGCAUAUUAUUGCAGAUAUUGUUUCUAAACAUAAAGAAUUAAUUGAUGAAGCCAGAAGGAUGUAAGUCUUUUGUUAAUAAUUGAGACUGCUGUUGAAGCAUACUCUCUAUGCUAUAACUUGUGCUCAAUUUUUUUUUCUAAACUAAAUGACAGAGGAAAAAAAAAUUAUUUAAAUAGUUUAGCAUUCUUUGGCUGCAUUGCAUUAUUGUUUUUAAAAUAAAUGUUAUUUUGAAUGCAUGUACAUUACAAACCACAAGACGUUUUUCAAUUAAUAAGUUGCAUCAUGUUAUUCUUUUGCCUUGUCUACCAUUUGAAUCCUGCUUUUGAAAAAAAAAAAAGGUAUUUUUUUAACACUAUUUUCACAUUGUACAAUUGUUUGCAUUUUUUUAAAUGUUGACUGAAAAAUCAUGUUUCUUUUAAAUUUGUCCAAAUCUUAUCAAUGAAUACCUAACUGAUUCAGCGAAUUUCUUUAACCAUGUACUUAACUAGUUACCAACUAUAAAGUUCCUUUGUUUAUUGUUUCUGAAACUGUUUUAGACCAUAUGCUGAGUCACCCUACCUUUACCCCUGUCAUUGAAAGAGCAGCAUCGGGCUGGGUAGACAGACAUGGUCAGUGUGCUUAAGCUCAGGGUGGUGUCUCAGGCAAAUAGCUAGAAUUUGAAAGGGAUAUUUAUUGCUCAGAAGUGUCAUUGCCUAUGCGAGAGCAGGGGUGUUCAACCUUGUUGGGUGGGGAAAGAGCUUCAUCCAUUUUAGUAAAAUAGCUAGAUAGCCACUCAUUCUACAAAACAAAUCUAUCCACGAUCUCUCAUGAAUCAUUUCAACAAUAUAAUUUUACCAAGUAAUAUAUUUCAAACAUGCCUUUUAAUUUUCCUGUAAUAACCUUAGCAUUCUUUCUUACCAAGUGGUUUGUCCAAGGAUAGUUUAACCCACUCAUGCCUUACACACUUUUCAGUGAACUCCCAAUGUCUCAUGCAUGCCUGGCUUACCCAUCGUGUGCCACCUUACUCAUUAUAUACCACCUUACUCAUCAUAUACCACCUUACCCACCAUAUUCCACCUUACCCACCAUUUUCAACCUUACCCAUCAUAUACAACCUUACCCACCAUAUUCCACAUUACCCAUCAUGUACUACCUUACCCUUCAUGUACCACCUUACUCAUGUACUGCCUUACUCAAUAUAUACCACCCCACCCACCAUGUACCACCUUACCCACCAGGUACCCCCCUAUCCAGGUGCACCGUCAAUUAGGCAAAAUGGCCAGACUAAUCAGCCCUGAGAAUUCAGGGGGGCCUUGUUGAUGGGAGCCCUUUUGACAGGGCCGGUUUGUUGUGGCUGAUUUUUCGGCCCCGAUUUGUUGCAGGCCUGACACUGCCUAUCCCAUCAUGUACCGCCUUACUGACCUUGUACUGCCUUACCCACCAUGUACCGCCUAACCCAUCAUGUACCACCUUACUGACCUUGUACUGCCUUACCCACCAUGUACCGCCUAACCCAUCGUGUACUUCCUGACUUAUCAUGUAGCACCUUACUAACUUAACCAAAACAAAGACAUUAAAAUUUUUUGUAAACUUUGUUUGCUCCCGAAAAGGAGUUUGAAUGAUGCUGGUAAAAUGGUGUAUAUCAAAAGUAAAUUAGCCAGGAUUGGGCUUUAAUAAUCUUGUAGUUGGGUCUUGUUGAUUUCAGAAUAAAAUGUUGAUAGCCACAUGAACUUCAAUUUGCCUCAUGUUUUUCUCAUUUUAUCCCCAGUUUCAAGAGCAGUAAAAUUACACUGGAGAGUACCAAGGCCAAAGCAAAGGUGGAAAAGGAGAAAAAAACCAAAAAGGGAAAUUCAGGGACACCCAAAAAGGGCUCCACAACAAAGGCUCAAGCCAUACAAGAGAAGUCAAUAAAUAAAUUUGAGCAAUAUUUUGAUUUUAAGAUUCCAGUUGGACAAGCAAAAGCUCACCAGGUAAUUGCUUCAUAAAGUUAAUUAUGAUGAGGAAAAAAACACAAAAUAAAAUGGAUAGGUAUAAAUAAAAAAUAAAAUAAUCAAGUACUUGAGGGCAUGUUCUAACAAAUUAUGGGCGAGAAAUAAAGUUCUCAAUGUUACCGAUAUCGUAAUUGUUUUUAAAAAAAAAUUAUGUUGUGGAUAUCACUAAUUGACUAAGUGCCUGAAAUAUUCCGAGAUUCAUUUUCGGAGAAACCAAACAAAAUCAGAUCCCUUAAAUGCAUUCGUCGGGUUUAGAUAUAAUCCAUAUGUUUGUUAUCUAAGCUAUUUUUUCUUUGCUAGAUUUUAGCCUUGAACAGAGGAGAAGAUCUGAAAAUUAUUUCGGUGAAGAUUUCUAUUCCUGAUAUUGUGAAAACGAAGUUUAUAAACUUUGCUCUGGACAAACAAAUUAGGAACACAAUGAACCAAGAAAAUAGCACCAUCUUAAGAUCAGCUGUCGUAGAUGCUUAUGACCGUCUUAUUGAGCCAAUGCUAAGCAGACAAAUGAGGUAUUUAUUUGCCCUCUCUAUUCCAUUUUCCAUUCUCUUCUAAGAAAGGAAGUGCAAUUAAGAGGUUUUGUUAGUCAGUUUUUUUCAAAAUAUCUCAUACAAAGCAUUAAACACAUGUCUAAGUCUAAGCAAUAUUUUAUUACGCAAGUUUACAUUUAUUCUGGUUUAAAUAUGAGCAGUGCUUGAAAUUAUAUACCCAAAUUGUACUGUUGUGUUAUCACAGUCCCGUGAGUUGAUUUUCUGGUUGACUGUAGUGGGGUUUGAGUCUUACAUAUCUGAAUAAUUAAAUAUAUACUGGUAUAUAUAUAUUUCUAAAUUUGCAUCGCUGCUCUUUUGUAUAUAUAUAUUAUAAACAAAGUAGAAAUAGUCAUAAAUUUAAGGUUCUCACUUAAAUAGAGAAUAUCUAAACCCAGGAAAACCGAUUAUUAUGGGCCAUCCAUAAACGAUGUUGCAAGUCUAGGGAUGGGGUCUGGAAUUUGUCACAACCUGAUAAGCAUCUAAUUUCUGAAAACAAUCUUAUGAAAUAGAAUGACAUCAAUUAUGGAUGGGCCCAUUACUUUAUCUAAAUAUUAUUUUUUGCACAACAGUAUUAUUAAUAAAUUUUACCGUGCAGGGCAGAACUGACAAAAGAUGCAGAAAAAGCUUCCAUAUCAGUUUUCACCUCCAACUUGAAGCGUCUCUUGUUGACCCCACCAGUAAAAAACAAAACAAUACUUGGCAUUGACCCAGGUUUUACAAAUGGGUGUAAAAUAGCAGUGAUCUCUCCUACUGGCCAGAUAUUGGAAACUGGAGUCAUGUACCUGCACACCAAGAGGGACAAAAAAGAAGAAAUGAGAAUAGCUUCCCUUGUACAUAACUAUAGGUGAACUAUUCAUUUGAUUUUUAGUAUAAAACAUCAUACCAAGAGUCUCAACCUGUGAUCUGGAAACACAUAGGAUGGGACAGGUGAAAAUUGUGUGCAUAACUUAGAUUCCACUUUGGUUUUGUCAACAUUAUUGAUAUGUUUCUUUGUGGCAUUAAGUAGAUCAACUGUCAAGCGUUUUAGAUCAUGUCUGUGAGCUGUAGCUGUCAUAAUAAUAGCUUCCUUCUUGAAUUAUCAACUUGAUUAUUUACCCCAUUAGUUUCAAUGAAUCUAUCAUUGAAUUGAAUAAACGACCUAACUUAACAACUGCCAAAAAUCUUGGAGCGGUGGGGUGGAGGGAUUCUAAUUCUAUAGAUCCCAGGAUAUUGGUGAUUUUUGCAACUGUACUUCUAGAAAAUGUGUCUUUCUCCAUUGUUAUGAUCUUAAAAACAUGCAGUAAUUUGAGUUUUAAAAAAAAUAGGGUUACAAUAGAUAACCUGAUAACUACUUUUUAAAAAGAUUUGAACUCUUAAAAUGCAUAAUUUACAAGGAAACCUAGACCAAACUGCUGAUACUGUCUUUACCGUAUUUUCAGAUGUGAAAUCAUCACUAUCGGGAAUGGUGUAGCCUGUCGAGAAACUGAGCAGAUUAUUUCAAAUAUGAUCAAAUAUGGCAGCUUCAAACCUCAUUCAGUUGUUUACUGGUAAUUUAAAGCCAUUUGAUUGUGAUUUCUAGUUCGUGUUCAUAGGUACGAAGGGAGACGUGAAUGUCAAUGGUUAGCUACUAGCUAGCUACCUGGUCAUUUCAUCUAGCAUAAUACAAAAUAUUAAUCUUCUUAAAUUUAGUUGGAGGUUGGAUUUAGUGGAGGUUUACAGCAUACAGGUCAAGAAACCUAAUCCCACUAAUAUUAUAAUAAGUGUCAUGUGAAUUAUCCCUGUUUCACAUUCACACCCAAUUUUAGUGUUUUCAGAUGAGUACCUCCUUUAAUGUUUCAAAUCUGCUGUUUAAAAAGUCAUACCGUCGAUUCUAUUGAUUUGUGUGAAAAAUGACAAAACUUUUGAUUCAAAACCAAUUAAGACAUUUAAAAUUAAAGGAAAUAAUGCGAGUUCUCAUAAAUGAAUAAAAGUAUUCAGAAAUGUCUUUUAAAUAGGGGUUUAUGUAUUUUACUUCAGAGUGUUAGAUUUUAUGAACCUGCCAAAAAGUUGUAAUUGAAAUAAAAGAAAUACAGCCACGACAAGUAUAAUAAAGUCUUAAUAAUAAAUGUGGUCCUCACACUGAAUUUUGAUAUGAGUAGACAAUUUACUGGGCAGCAUUAAAAAAAAAAUUGUGGUGAAUGAAUGAUUUUCUUUGCUGUCAACAUUGAAACUGUUUACACAAAAAUCAAGUCGCUUAACUGUGAUGUUUUAAUUUCGUCUAGCAUUGUGGAUGAAUGUGGGGCAUCAAUUUAUAGUGUAUCAGAUGAAGCUAAGAAGGAAAUGCCAGAUUUGGACCCAACAUUAAGAGGGGCAGGUAUAAUACCUUAAGUUUUCAUUUAACAAAUUCAAAGUAUAAUCCUUAUCUCCUGACUGCUGUUCAGAAAUUUUUUUGAAAUUUAACAAAAAAUAUUUGAUAUUUCACAAAUGGUUCGUGGUAUGCAGAGCGUUCAGUUUGAAUUGAUAACUUGCAAUGUAUUAUUUAUUUUAUUUUUGCUGUACAGUAUUUAAAGGUAUUUUAUUAAAAAUUGUAAUAGUUAUGUCUUGCUUUUGACUCAGUUUCCAUUGCAAGACGUCUUCAAGAUCCCCUGGCUGAGCUAGUGAAGAUUGAACCAAAACAUCUUGGUGUUGGAAUGUACCAGGUAAACUAAGAAGGCACUGCUGGCUUUACCAUCCCUUUCAUUUUUUAGAGUUGCACAACUUUUUAAACAACACUUUUUAAAUAAAAUUGUCUAGCACAUUUUAAGUAUAUACCGGUACUAUUCAUGAAAAGUAUAUCAUUUUCCAAAGAUUAACUUCACUUUAGUAAUUACAUUUUUUUAAUAUAAUGGAUUCAGUUGUAGAAAUCAUUUAAAAAAAAACAACUCAAAUGCUGAAUUUCUCACUUAUAUAUGACAUAAUGAGAUUGAUUUAAAAUUAUUUUUUAGCUAUCUAAAUUGGAAAUCUAGAUGACUUGUUAGGCUUUUAAAUACGUCCAUAGAUAUUUUAGUUUAUAUUUAUUUUCAAAUUAUUUUUCUAAGACUUAUAAAUUAACUCUUGUUUCAUGUAGAAAAUAAAUUUGAUUAAAAGCGCGCCCAAAAAAUAUUUGCUAUACUUUUGGAUUCUAGCAUGACCUGAACAAGACAAAGUUACAAAAUGCACUAAGUUCUGUUGUGGAGGAAUGUGUCAGUUUUGUAGGAGUGGAUCUCAAUACUUGUAGUGAAUCUCUUUUGAGGUUUGGAAAUGAAAUAUUUAAUUUAUUAACCAGGAUUAUGAAAUUUUAGUAACCAUAAGUAUGGUGGUAAGGUAAAUCACAAAGAUAUACAAAAAUAUUGUUCGACAGUUAUGAAUGUUAAAUACUGGCAGUUUGAUAUAUAUAUAUACACCCAAAAAAACCCAGUUCAUAACACAAUUAUCAAUGAAGGAAGUUAAGAUUCUCCUUAAUCCUUAUACUCAUCUUACAAUGAAGAACUCAAUACUUCACAGCAUUAUAAACUGAGGAAUAUUUUUUCCUAUGCAUGUAUAGGAAAUAUUUGUUUGAUAUAACUGAUCUAGCCUACUAUUCAUGAAAGUUUAUUCCUCCUUAGGAGAGUGGCUGGGUUAAAUGCUACAAAAGCCAAUAAAAUUCUUGAUUGGAGAUCUCAACAUGGUCAGUUCACCAAUAGACAGCAGCUACUGACUAUCAAAGGUCUUGGUCAAAAGGGGUAUGAACAAUGUGCUGGCUUUGUGAGAAUAAUGCAUUUCCAGACAACAGGUGCCACCAGGUAGUGACAAUACAAAUUAUAAAAACAAACUAUUUUUUAAACAUAUUUCUGACAGCUGUAUUUCUGUCUUAUAUAAUCCUUAUUCCUGAAAGAAGAGAAUAUUUUUCCAAUGAAAAAUAGUUUUUUAAAAUAUUUAAGUGCCUGAAUAUUAUUUGAUCUCGAUAAACUGAAGACAAAUGCAUCCAGGAAUGGAUAAAGUUUAAGAAAAAUAUAACUUUAAUUGUGAAGAAAAUAUGUGCACAUGACAAAAAACUUGAUUUAUUCACUGUGGAAUAACACAUUAAAAAUAUAAGUAAUUGCAGUAAUACACAUGUAAAUAAGAUAAAGUUGGUUGUUGUCUUUAGACAUUGGCUCUGGAGUUAUUUUAUUCUGGAUUUUCCAAGAACUGGCAAGUCCAUUUCACCCUGGUUAGAGCCUAUAGGUUGGGGAACCACAGGACAAAUUCAAACCUACUGCCUCUUGAUUUACAGUUAUAGGUGCAAAAAAAAAUAAGAUAGCAUUGCACUAAAAGGCUUUCUGGAAUGGUCAAAUGAUUGAUAUAUAUGGUAUCAAAUAGUUCUGAAAAAUAAUUUAUUGAUAGUAUUGCUUGGAUUCCAAUCUAUUUUAUUGGGAUUAAGUAUUUUUAAACAUUGUUUUGGAAAAACCCUGUCUGUGGAAAGACUAAAACAGAAACUCAAAGUGAAUUGAUAAUUAUGUUGUCAGCCAUUUUAUGUACUAUUCAUAAAUGUAACAUAAGGAAUUUUAAUUAUACAUUAUUUGAUAUCAAAUUAUCAUGUUAGUGAAUAUUGACCCAUUUACAGACUUGUAGAUGUCAAAGAAGAGAUCAAGGUGGAAGAGGAAACUGGCACAAAAAAAGGCAGAAAAAGAAAAGCAGACAGUACAGCUGGACCAAGCAAAGGGAAGAAAGCUAAAGUUAGUGUGAAUGAGAACUGGAAUCCAUUGGAUGCAACAUCUGUUCACCCAGAAUCUUAUGACCUCACUCAUUUGUAAGUGCAAUGUGUUCACCUUGUAUGUCCUAUGUUUGUGUUGCCAACUGUUAUGGUUCUUGUUAAGAGUUGUUUCUGCAAUAGAUUAUAAAGUUGUUUUGUAUUUUUUUUACUUUAAUUUUAAUAUAGAAAUUAUAUAAUUUUUAAGUCAUGCAAAGAUCAAGCAGUUAUCUGAAUUUUUCUAGUCACUAAUUUGUUUGAGUAGCUAUGUGAAACUUCUUUUUUGCAUCAUCGAUUGGUAAUUCAUUAAGUCACCUCAAUGUGAAUUUAAUCAUUAUGAUUUAACAGCUUUUCUUGGUGCCAUUAGGGGAAUUUUAAUGUCUAUUAUUUGAAACUUUUAUUUUGUAUUGUAGAUUAGCAAGACAUCUCAAUGUGAAUCUCUGUGAUAUUGGCAGUAAAGAAUUCAUGACCAAGGUUAAGGAAAGAGCAACAGAUUAUUGUACGUAACAAACUACAAUGUGACAUUAAACAAUUCAAGAACAUACAUUAUCACUCAAUUGUUGAUAAGAUGCUAUGGAAAAAUAAAAUCAGACCACUUGGAAGAAUGAUGAAAUGAUUACCGGUACUUUUUUUUUUUUUUAGGUCUGAAAGAUUUCUGUGACAAGAAUUCAGCAGGUUUCGCCACUGUCAGACUUAUAGCUGAUGCCUUACAGCAGCCUCUGUCAUAUGACUUACGAGAAAGUAGGUUAUCAUCGCCUUAAAUGAUAUACAGUAUGAUUGUUAUGAACUGUCUUUAGUUAUUGAGGUGUGCCUCACUCUUCUACGUAUGCUGAUGACUUCAAUAUCUUUUCAAUUAAAAAUUUCAAACCAUCAUUUUCCUGAAUGUUCCCCUCUUAGUUAUAUAAAAAAUAUUCUAAGUAUUCUGAGCAAAGAAUUAUUCAUUUUCUCCUAGGUUUUCAAAAGCCCCUGUUUAAACAAGAGAUCCAGUCAGUGAAUGAUUUGCAUCCAGGUGUAGAAUUGACAGGGCGAGUAACUAAUGUUACCCAUUUUGGAGCUUUUGUGGAUAUUGGUGUGGGUAUAAAUGGACUUGUCCACACCAGUAAAAUGGGAUGUCAUGGACCAGUCGGUGUAGGGGAUCAUGUUCUUGUCAGUGUACAAAAUAUUGAUAUAGGCAAACAGAGAAUAGGACUUCUCUUGAAAGGUUUUGCUUUAAAAUAAGUCAUUU